AUGUCUACACCAAUGAGUACAAAACGAGCGAUGGCAUCAGUUCAAAAACGUAUUGAUAAUCAAACACAAAUAUAUCCACCAUUAGAUUAUUCAUUUCAUAAUGCACAACAACUUGAAGAUGCUGUUGUUGAACCUCGUGCCCCACAAAAUGGGCCGAAAUUAGUUAAACAAGGUGAUCGAUAUAAUUCCUAUGGUAUUAAUUUAAAUCAUAAUACUUUAAAUGGUCCUUUGGAAACAUUACCAGAUUUCCUACGAACAAUACUUGUUAAUCCAAAUGCUCUUUCAACAUUAGAUUUAUCAUUUAAUGUAUUUACAGAAAUUCCUAUAGUUGUCACACAAUUUCCUGCAUUGAAAUGUUUUUAUUUUCAUAAGAAUAUGCUGAGCGAUAUGACAGAAGUACAAAAACUUGCACCAUUGAAACAAUUAAAAUAUUUAACAUUGCAUGGCAAUCCAAUUGAAAUAACUGUGCCUUAUUUACGUUCAUAUAUUUUAGCUUUGUUACCCGGUUUACGUAGUUUAAAUUGUACACCUGUAACUAAAGGUGAUCGAAAAAUAAGUGAAGUAUGGGAAGGCAUGAAUAAACCAUUACUUCCAAACUAUACAAAUAAAAAACCGAUUGAAUAA